GGUUAAAAAACAAUGCAACAUAUAGAGAGUUUCAUUAUAAUAAUCGUUAUCUAGUUAGAAGUGCGCGGAGUCGUGUGCACCUGAAAAGGACAUAGAAUCAUGGACACGGGUAGAAAAAGGAACAACCCUAAUCCCAGAGAGGAAGCUAAUCCAAUUUCAGUGCUUCUGUUUUGGUGGACUGUUCCCUUGUUCAAGAAGGGCUAUCGCAAGGAACUUGUGGAGGAAGAUCUAUAUAACCCUCUGAAGACAGAUGCUUCUGAAUACCUGGGUGACAAGUUAGAGACGCAAUGGGAAAGACAGUUAAAAUUUACUCGUCAGUCCGGAAAGAAGAAACCGAGUCUGCUGAAAGCACUCGCAUUGACGUUUCCGUGGGAAUACACGAAACUUGGCAUUUUCCACGCGGUUAACGAUCUUGGAAUCCGACUUAUUCAACCAAUAAUUUUGGGCUGGUUUUUAGGAUAUUUCAAGCCAGAGAGUGACACUAGGAAAGAAGAUGCAUAUCUGUUUGCAGGCGCAAUAGUUCUCCUCACGAUGCUUAGCAUGUUAAUGUUCAACCAUUUCACUGUCGGAGCGUUUCAUAUCGGUAUGAGGGUUCGAGCGGCGUGCUGCUCUCUCAUCUAUAGGAAAUCUCUACGCCUAAGUCGCACUGCCCUUGGGGAAACUGCUGCUGGAAAAGUCGUCAAUCUGCUAUCUAAUGAUGUCAGUCGCUUCGACAUGGUAUCCAUAUUUUUGCAUGCUAUGUGGACUGCCCCAUUGUCAGCGGUCAUCAUUACUUAUUUUCUGUUCGUGAACGCCGGAUACUCUGGCCUUAUUGGUAUAGGCAUUGUCUUUCUAAUCGUUCCAUUGCAAUCCUACACAGGAAGACUGACGUCCAUCUAUCGAGAGCGGACGGCAAUUAGGACAGAUGAAAGAGUGAGGCUGAUGGACGAAAUUAUUUCUGGCAUUCAAGUGAUCAAGAUGUAUGUAUGGGAAAAACCUUUCGCUAAAAUGGUGAGCCUCGCUCGCAAAUCAGAGCUCAAAGAGGUAAUAAAGACAUCAUAUAUCCGCGGUUUAUUCAUGACUUUUCAAAUUACGACAACCCGCAUAGCCAUGUUCGGGACUUUGGCCGCAAUGGUACUGUUUGGAAACAAGUUAUCAGCAGACAAAGUGUUCGUGUUCCAGGCGUAUUUCACAGCAUUGGCUUUCAGCAUGUCAAUGCAGUUUGUGCGUGGCGUGGCCGAGAUCGCCGAAACUUUAGUGUCAAUCAAGCGUUUAGAGGAGUUUCUGAUGUUAGAAGAAUUUCAAGAAAACAACUCGGAAGGACAUAACGCAAUCACACGAGAGAAUGGUAAAGACGGUGUAAUUCUGAAACAUAUCACAGCUAAGUGGAUCGCCAGUGUUAAGGAUGAUACACUAAAGUGUAUAGAUCUUCGAGUUAAGCGCGGGGAACUGAUAGCAAUCAUUGGGCAGGUUGGCUCGGGGAAAAGUUCGCUAUUACAGACAAUUCUAGGUGAGCUAACGUUAUCUAGUGGCUUUAUUAAUAUAAACGGUAAGAUAUCUUACGCAUGUCAGGAACCUUGGGUAUUUGCGUCUACUAUCCGACAAAACAUUGUGUUCGGACGUACUUUUGACAGCAAACGAUAUAACGAAGUAAUUCGUGUUUGUGCACUGGAGAGAGAUUUCAAACAGUUUCCAUACGGCGACCUCACUUUCGUAGGCGAGAGAGGGUCUUCUUUGUCCGGAGGACAGAAGGCACGGAUCAAUCUUGCCAGAGCAAUAUACAACGAAGCUGACGUUUACCUGUUAGACGACCCACUCUCCGCUGUAGAUACGCACGUGGGGAAACAUCUGUUCAACGACUGUAUCACUUCAUAUCUGGCAAAUAAAACUCGUAUAUUGGUCACUCAUCAGCUUCAGUAUCUGCGAGACGCUAAUCAUAUCGUCAUUAUCAACGAUGGUGCUAUUGAAGUGCAGGGUUCUUUUCAAGAGUUACUGGGGAGCCAAGUGGACUUCGCUCAGCUCCUGGGUUUGGACGAAUCCGCUGAUCUUGCUGUUGAAGAUAAACCGGAGUCAGAACGAAUGGUGGGUGGGCCAAUAAGUAAUUUGCUGAGGCAGAUAUCACGAGCGUCAAUCAGGAGCAAAUCGUCGAAUAAAACAGUAAGAGAGAAGGACAAUGAAGAAACAGAAGCGCCAGUCAAUGUCGAGGCUUCAACAAAAGGAACGUUAAAGCACUCUGUGUAUAUUGAGUAUUUCCGAUCUGGUGCAAAUAUGUGUGUGGUGUCUGUUAUUGGAGUUAUGUUUUUACUUGCACAAACUGCUGCAAGUGCCGUAGAUUGGUGGAUGGCUUACUGGGUAACACAAGAGGAACUUCGAACACUUUACGAGAGAGAAAUUUCUUUGGUGACACACACAAUGGGUGAUAAUUCAACAUUUGGACGUGAACAUCAUAGCAGUUUGCAAGAAAUGCUUAGUACGUACACUUACCUAUAUAUAUACACAGGCAUCGUGACGACACUUUUUAUCAUCACUAUCACCCGUUCUUUCAUUUUCUAUACGUUCUGCAUGCGCUGUUCCUCCAUUCUUCACAAUUCAAUGUUCAGCAGCAUUAUCCAUACCAGUAUGCGGUUUUUUGAUACUAACCCUUCAGGUAGAAUCAUGAACAGGUUUUCAAAGGAUAUGGGUUCAGUUGACGAACUUCUGCCCAAAGCAAUUAUGGACGCUUCUCAAAUAAUUUUGAUGAUGGCAGGUAGUUUAGUAGUUGCAGUUUCUGUUAAUCUAUUUUUUUUAAUUCUGAUUGUCGUCAUGGGCUUGUUUUUCUGGUUCAUCCGUAAAAUCUAUUUGAAAACUUCCAAGAAUGUGAAACGUCUUGAAGGUAUCACAAAGAGUCCGGUCUUCACACAUCUAAACGCCACUCUGCAAGGUCUGACUACGAUCAGAGCUUAUGGCGCACAGAAUAUUUUGCGCAGCGAGUUCGACAGACAUCAAGAUUUGCACUCAUCUGCGUGGUACAUGUUCAUUACUACUAGCCAGGCCUUCGGGUUCUCUUUGGAUCUUAUGUGCCUUAUUUUCAUAGCUCUAGUCACCUUCAGUUUCCUGUUAGUUGAGGACACACUUGGUGGUAACGUGGGGCUCGCGAUCACUCAGUCUUUGGCUCUGGUAGGCAUGAUGCAGUGGGGAAUGCGUCAGUCGGCUGAAGUGGCAAAUCAGAUGAUGUCGGUUGAACGUGUUGUUAGCUAUAAAUACAUUCCAGAAGAACCCCUCCUUGAAACACCUCAGGGUACAAACAUCCCCAGAGGAUGGCCUUCUGAAGGGAGAAUAGAAUUCGAGAAGUUGUACCUACGGUACGGAGAAAGUGGCGAGCCUUCUGCAAUAAAAAAUCUCAACAUCACUAUUCAGUCCAAGGAAAAAGUGGGAGUCGUUGGAAGAACGGGUGCAGGAAAGUCUUCGCUAAUAGCCGCGCUCUUCCGUCUCGCAAAUGUAGAGGGUACUAUCAGGAUUGACGGGCUCGAUACGGCAACGGUAGGUCUUCACCAAUUGCGUAAACACAUAUCCAUUAUUCCACAGGACCCAGUUCUCUUCUCAGGGACUCUCCGUCGAAAUAUCGAUCCUUUUGACAUGUAUCCUGAUUAUAUGUUAUGGCGAGCACUUGAUGAUGUAGAGUUGAAGGAUUCGAUAAACGACCCUCUCGGACUGGACAUGCAUGUAGCAGAACGUGGCAGUAAUUUUAGCGUCGGUCAGAGACAACUAGUGUGUCUGGCUCGAGCCAUCCUCCGCAGUAACAAAAUCCUCAUGUUGGACGAAGCGACGGCGAAUGUGGAUCCACAAACCGACUCACUGAUCCAGAGAACUAUUCGCACUAAAUUCGCUGACUGUACAGUGCUGACUGUGGCUCACCGCCUCAACACCAUCAUGGACUCUGACAAGGUUCUGGUCAUGGCAUUUGGAACUAUGGUGGAAUUCGACCAUCCCCAUAUCCUCCUACAGAACGAAGAAGGCCACUUCUAUAGCAUGGUUCAAGAGACGGGACACAUAAUGGCUGAGCAACUAUCUCGAAUAGCAGAAGAGUGCUACCACACUAAAAAGAAAGAGACUUGAUGCACAGCACACUUUUAUGGAAAUAACUAUAUUUAUAUACAAAGAGAGGUCAGCAAUGGAAUCAUACAACCAGUGAGUUUUAAAUUAUUUAUGAAGUUACUUGCAGAAUGCAAGGAUAUUUUCUCUUUUGAAGACUGAUGAAACAGUGAGACAGUGACGAAGCGUAGUGCUAUUAUAUUACUGUAGCGUAUUACUUCAGUAAUACCGACAAACAAACCCGAACUCAAACUUCACAAACGGUCGCUUCCAACGAAAAUACUGGCUGAAAUCCUCUUGUAAUUAACUGCAGAUGCGUUAUGUAGAGAAACGUAGAACGAGUGUGUUGAAGAGUAUAGACUUCUGGGAUGUGACAACGUUAAUCCGGCAGAAGUUCCCGAAACGCUAGUGAACUUUUACCGGACUAUACGGCGUUACAUCACAGUUAUGUGAACGUCAAAUCUAACACGAGUAUGUCAAUACAAAAGAGCUGGUUGUUACAAGGGAAGAUGCCUUACUCGUUCAGAAUGCGGUUUUCUGGUAGAUAGGGCCUAAAGUUUUGGAGAGGGUGCAGUCCCCACGUUUUCUUUGGAAGUCUGCCAUAAAGAUGGAGGCAGCAAGUGCCUCCUAAACGUUGGUACCUGUCACCAUUGUAUAUGACCCCAGAAAACCAUAAUCUGAAUAAUUUCGGCAGUGAAAGUUUCAAAUCUCAUGUGAUAUUCAUGUGGCAGGAGUACUUGCUACAAUUACCAGCUUACUGGGGGUUUCUUCAAUCCUCACACAAAAUUUCGAUGAUAAAAAUAAAGAAUCCUGGCAAUAGAACCAGGGGUUUUCUGUAAUAUACUUUAAAAGCAUAUUUUGGCUUACAUUUUAAAAAGAAUUGAUGAUGGAGGGUAAGGGUGACAAGUCCAGUUGUGGCCACAUGGAUAAAAGUAUGAUUUGCUAAAUAUAAAGUACAGAAGUAAUUACAGGUAAUUUCAUAUAAUGCAAGACCACAUAUUUUCUCUUAUAAGUGCUUUAAUUGCUAAUUGAGGUUCUAUAACCGAUAUAAGGAUGAGGCCAUUUAUGCUGGUCAUGCAAAUAUACAGAAUACCAGGCAUGUCCUAAUGUUCUAUUUUUAGUUCUAAACCCAUAUUUCAAGAGCUACAACAAAGAUUUGUUAUUGACAUGACUAAGGCUUUUGGCCAUAAUGACAUAGUUCCUGUGGCAAUAUUUGUGAAUUUGUAUUACAAUUAAUUUUUGCGGCAGUUUAGAAUUAGCGCCAAAUGUCACAAUAAAUGCUGCCACGACGAAGCAGGUUAAUUAUUUUUAAUAAAAG